AUAAUACUCAACAUCCUACUCAACAUUAUCAACCCACUACUCUACAUCAUCUCUAUCCUAAUCGCAGUAGCCUUCUUAACCCUCCUGGAACGAAAACUACUAGGAUACAUACAACUACGAAAAGGCCCAAACCUAGUAGGCCCAAUGGGCCUACUACAACCAAUCGCAGACGGUAUUAAACUCAUCCUAAAAGAACCAACAAAACCAACACUUUCAUCCCCAAUCCUAUUCACCCUAUCACCAAUCUUGGCACUCACCCUAGCACUAACCACCUGAGCCCCAAUACCGAUGCCACUCCCACUAACCAACAUAAACCUAGGUCUGCUUUUCAUCAUAGCCAUAUCAGGCAUAUUCACAUACACAAUCUUAUGAUCAGGCUGAUCAUCAAACUCAAAAUAUCCACUAAUAGGCGCCAUACGAGCCGUCGCACAAAUCAUCUCAUACGAAGUCACACUAGGCCUGAUCAUCAUAUCUAUAGCCACAAUCACAGGCGGCUACUCACUACAAUCAUUCACAACAACACAAGAACCCAUAUGACUUCUACUUCCAUCAUGACCAUUGGCCAUAAUAUGGUUCACAUCCACCCUAGCAGAAACUAACCGAUCACCAUUCGACCUAACAGAAGGAGAAUCCGAACUAGUCUCAGGAUUCAACGUAGAAUUUUCAGCUGGCCCAUUUGCCCUCCUCUUCCUAGCAGAAUACACAAAUAUUCUUAUAAUAAACACCCUCUCCACCAUAAUAUUCCUAAACCCAGGAAUUCAAAACUCACCAUCGUUAUUCACAAUAAACCUUAUAACAAAAGCCAUCCUUCUAACAACCCUCUUCCUAUGAAUCCGAGCAUCCUACCCACGAUUCCGCUAUGACCAACUAAUACACCUACUAUGAAAACAAUAUUUACCACUAACCCUAGCCAUAUGCAUAUUAAACAUCUCAACCACAACAGCCUUCCACGGCACCCCACCACAAU